AACGGGGGGGAUGCUGGGAGCCCCGGGUGGCGGCGCGGACGCGUGAUUCCCGCGGCGCUGACAAUCAGCGGGGACGCGCGCGGCCGGCGGGCACGAGCACGAGCACCGGCCUCCCUCCCUCCCUCCGUUGAACGCAGCGCAGCGACUCACCGCGGGGAGGACAGCGAGCCCACGGCGGCCGCACCGCCCGGCCCCGGCCUCCUGCAGAAUGCUGGUCUUCAAUCAAGACGAUAGGUAAAGUGAGGAAACAAACGUGUCUGGUGGAAAGUUUCAACACCGUGGACCCGUCAUCCGGUGUGGUGUUAGAAAAGGUAACGGUAAAAGGAUCCGAUUUCUCUUGCAUUAUGGAUGAGCAACCACAACAGUUUGCUGGAUUUCAGUCACAGAAACCUCUGCGUCCUGAUUUGGGCCUCAAUACACUGGGAAAUUUCCAAAUAGUGAAAAAGAUUGGCCGAGGACAAUUUAGUGAAGUCUAUCGAGCAUCCUGCCUACUAGAUGGGAUGCCUGUAGCUCUGAAGAAAGUGCAGAUAUUUGAAAUGAUGGAUGCCAAAGCUCGUCAAGACUGCAUAAAAGAAAUAGAUCUCCUAAAGCAAUUAAACCAUCCAAAUGUAAUAAAAUAUCUUGCUUCAUUCAUUGAAGAUAAUGAGCUAAAUAUUGUACUGGAACUGGCAGAUGCUGGAGACCUUUCUAGAAUGAUUAAGCAUUUUAAGAAACAAAAGCGGCUGAUUCCAGAAAGAACAAUAUGGAAAUACUUUGUUCAACUUUGCAGUGCCUUGGAACACAUGCAUUCUCGGCGUGUCAUGCACAGAGAUAUAAAACCAGCUAAUGUGUUCAUUACAGCAACAGGAGUAGUAAAGCUGGGAGACCUCGGCUUGGGCAGGUUUUUUAGUUCGAAAACUACAGCAGCACAUUCUUUAGUGGGUACGCCAUAUUACAUGUCCCCAGAGAGAAUACAUGAAAAUGGAUACAACUUCAAAUCUGACAUCUGGUCAUUAGGUUGUCUGUUAUACGAGAUGGCUGCUCUCCAAAGUCCAUUCUACGGUGAUAAGAUGAACCUAUAUUCUCUCUGUAAAAAGAUCGAACAGUGUGAUUAUCCUCCUCUUCCUUCUGACCAUUACUCAGAAGAGCUUCGCCAAUUAGUAAAUAUCUGCAUUAACCCGGAUCCAGAGAAGAGACCAGAUAUUGCCUAUGUUUAUGAGGUUGCAAAGCGUAUGCAUGCACUUUCUUCAGGAAGCUAAAGCAAAUUAUGCAUUGUGAAGAUGGAAAAGCACAAGAUAUGAACAUACCAUUUCACUGUUUCUGUAUUCUAUCGUUAGUCUAUUAUUCUACGUCUAAGGAUGGUUGUACAGAAUUCAGUAGUUCAGUGGAAUGAAAGUUAUACAGGUCCAUAUGAAUUCUUAAUGACAUGGUUCUGUUUGCUGAACUGCAUUUAUUUUAAUGAUUACAUCCUCUCAGUGGCUUCAGUGUUUUAAUUUGUACACUGUUUCCAUUUCCGCACUUGAUAUUUUGAAAAUAAAAUUGGUGUGCCUACAGAUUUAUUUUACAAUUACAAGCAAACCUGUUUUCUGUAGGCCUGUGGACCAGGCUUUAUUGUGCCUUGUUAGAUAAACCCCUGCUCUUAUUUAUAGCAUUUACCACAUGCUGCAGCCCUUGCGAUAUCUUCUGUUGACCCUUAGAUACACGGUGGCAUUGUAUGAAUUUGCAGCAAGUUUUGGUAUGUUAUGCAAAUCAACAUUUGGUUUGUAUGGACCAAAUUCUCAAUUGCUUCAAUGUUCCAUGUAAGUCACAUAAAUGCUAACCAAAACACUAUUAAAUGUUCAUUGACAUUUAUGGUUUCUAAAAGGUGCCUUCGUUUUUUUAGUUUUAUUAAAGAAAACCUGCAGAUUGAUGCAGUAAUGCGAAUUGCCCAUUGAUGUUAAACUACCAAUAAGAACAAAUAUUGUUCAGUUACAGCUAUCCGAGGUUUGCAGAAAAUCGUAUAAAUUGAUACCUUGAGGUUUGGCCACUUUUGUUUUAAGUUGUGAUUGAGCCUAUUUUGUCUCCUCCUGAUUUGCCAGAUCCUGUAUACAAGACCUGCUUAUAACACUCGACCACUGAAGCUCAAUACCAUUUUGCCAUUAGGUGUACAAGAAUGGCUGGGCAAUGAUAUUAUCCCUUUUUGUUCUUCUCAGAGAAAUCCAGUUGAAAUUUGUAACUGAGAAGGGGAAUUCAACUUUCCUCUUGCGAUCAGUGUCUACCAUCAUAUUAUUUUUCUGUAUUUACACAUUUUUAAAAAGGUUUUUAGUUUCACUGCGCCCCAAUCAUUUGAAUUUUAAACAUCUACUUUCAAUUUAUACUUGGAUAAAUCCUACAGGGUUAGACAUUGUAAUAAAUUAAUUUAUUAAUAUGGUACCAAGUGAAUGUGAAAAAUAUAAUUGAAUGGGACAAUCGAUGAAGAACAGGAACAGUGUCAUAGACAAAAACUGAACGAUUUCUUUUGAGAAUGCAGAACAUCUUAUAGCUAAAGUGACAUCUGUCAGUUAGCAAGGCUUUCUUGGAAACUCAUUACACAAACCUUAUAAGGUAUACAGAAGGAUACAAAGUGCUGGAGUAACACAGUGGGGCAGGCAACAUCUCUGGAGAACAUGGAUAGGCAAAGUUUCAGGUUGACCAGAAAUGUCACCAAUGUGCGUUCUCCAGAGCUGCUGCCUGACUUGCUGAGUUACUCCAGCACAUUGUGUCUUUAUGUGUAUUAACCAGCAUCUGCAGUUCUUUGUUUCUCCAUCUUAUAUGGUAUGAUGCUUAAUUGUGCCGACCAAAUAAUCGCAGUUAAGUUAAAUUACGGGGAUGAUACAACUGUCCGUGGUUUCUUCGAAUUGGGAAGAGAAAAUAACUUGAGAGUUCCGAUCUAGAUUGCUAUCCAUGUCCACAAUUGCAAUAAUCCCAGCCGAAGAUACGGUCUGAACUCGCUGAUAAAAGUUAGCUGCUUAGCCUAAAUUGAAUGGAACGUGUGGAACACUACUCGACACAUUUGCCUCUUUUAGGACACAAGGCAAAAAAAAAGCAUUGGAGAAUUUGAGAGGAUAAGAAAGAAAAAUUGUCCCUUGAGAACUUAAAACACAUUUUCUUCAGUAUUUUCAGAUUAUUUUGCCUAUAACGGUGUUACUAUAUGUGGAGUGUGGUUUAAUAUAUAUAUACUGCUUUAAAUUACAAUUAAUGGCCAUCCAUAAGUGCCAUCAAGCAUAAUUAAUGAGUAGUAAGGAAUAAAUUAACUUGGGAUUUCACCCCCAUUUUAAAAUUGGUUGUAAUUUAAUUUCCAGAUUUUGGACAAAAAAGUAAGUUCUUUGAUUAAUAAAUGAUAUUGUGAUUAAUUUGAAGAGUCAGGUAUUGAUUGGAACAAAUUACUAGUUUACAACAGGUUAAUUCUUUUUUUUUCCUAAGACAUUUUACAUGUUUUGAAGCAAAAUAAUUUAGUUUUUGUUGAUCAUUUCCAGCCUAAAGGAAGCUUUUGUGAUGGAUAGUAUGAGAUGAUAUGCAAACAGUAGAACAUGGUACUGAGUUCGAUUUUAAAAAUAGAUGAAAUUCUUCUUCCUCUGUAGUUUAGGUACCAAUUUAAUCGACACAGUUUAUCAUAAAACAUCCACCUUGAAAAUUCUUUGCUAAAAUACUGUGCUGAUGUGGACUUCUUGUGCGAGUUAUUGUUUGGAUUUACAAAUGUAAUUUUUGCAAAUUAUAUGCUGCUUUUGGGGAAAAAAAGACAUUUUAAAUUGAGUCUGUUCUAUUUUUCAAUAUGAAUGAUAUUGUUAAUAGAGCCAGGUUCAAAUUGUUUCUAGAUUUGAAUAUUCUUGGGCAAGAAUUUUUGUAGGGCAAACCAGAGUAUGUUAUAAUGUGCCUUAUGUUUUACAGGAAUGUUAAAGUGCUUGUACCUGAUUGUCGUUAAAUGCAUGUUGAUAAAGAAUAUGCCAUUAAAGAUUCCACUGCAGAAAUUGUUAUGGCCUUCCAAUACAUUAACAAGAAAAAUACAUCUUUUGCUAAAGAGCUUGUAUAAUCUGUCAACUGGAAAUGGUAUCACUUUGUUACAAAUCCACAAGUUAGAUUUGAGGAUGGAUUUUGCUUUUCUAAAUGGAAAUGAAUAUGCUGCCUGUCCAUAAUAAAUUUACAGAUAAUU